AUAGUACAUUGUGCUUAGAAGUUAGGACCACCGCUCUUACGGUAAACAAGCCAACGCUAACUUGAAACUGUCUCAGCUAACCGGCCAUGGAAACCACCGAGCCUCGGCCCCCGACCAAUGUUUCAGCUAAUGCCACCGUCUCCGGCGAAGGCAACGAAGAUAUUCCCAGCUUGAACACCAUGCCUAACCAUUCAUCUUCUCCUAAAAUGACAGCUGGCCCUACCGCUUCUGAUCCUCAACCCAUGGACACCUCAGAACCCGUUAAUGAAUCCCAACCCACCUCCGAAACUGUACCCCAAGCCGCAGCCGCUUCAACCGCUGACCCUGCCCCACCUCCGCCGAGAAAGCGGCGUCGUCGAAAGAAGCUGUUUACUGAUAUGAUAUCGACCAGCUCCGCCGCGUCCGGCCUCCGCGUCCUCCGCCCCCAUCCUAAACCCUCUACCGCCUACUCCUAUUCCUACUCCGAAACCGAGCUCGUGGACGAACCCAACGAUGGGAAACCCCAUAUCCUCCAUCGCCGCCGUGGCGGCAGCGGAGGAAGCAGUAGUAAAAUAUCCGACCUAGCUAAAGAAGUCGACAUUGAAGCCCUGAUUGCCAUAUCCGUUGGAUUCCCUGUUGAUUCCUUAACCGAGGAAGAAAUCGAGGCCAAUGUCGUCUCCCAAAUCGGCGGCGCCGAGCAAGCGAAUUACAUUGUCGUCCGCAACCAUAUUCUCGCCCGGUGGCGGUCAAACGUUUCCGUUUGGCUGACGAAAGACCACGCCUUGGAGUCAAUCCGGGCUGAGCAUAAAGCCCUUGUCAACUCUGCGUACUAUUUCCUCCUCCACCAUGGCUAUAUAAACUUCGGGCUUGCUCCGGCGAUUAAAGAAAUAAAAUUAAAACCCCCAGAAGGCGCCCCGAAGGCGAACGUGGUCGUAAUUGGAGCUGGGCUCUCGGGUUUAGUAGCUGCAAGACAGUUAAUUUUUCUGGGUUUUAAGGUUGUGGUUUUGGAGGGCCGGGCCCGGCCAGGUGGACGGGUUCGAACCAAGAAAAUGCGUGGUGAUAAGGAUGAUAUUGUUGCCGCCGCAGAUUUAGGCGGGAGUGUGCUGACUGGGAUCAAUGGGAAUCCAUUAGGAGUUCUUGCUAGACAGUUAGGAGUUCCUCUUCAUAAGGUGAGGGAUAUCUGUCCUUUGUAUUUGCCUAAUGGUAGAACUGUUAAUCCAGAUAUUGAUUCGAGAGUGGAAGUUUCGUUUAAUAAGUUGUUGGAUAGAGUUUGUAAGCUUAGACAGGCUAUGUUGGAGGAAGUUAGAUCAGUAGAUGUUUCAUUAGGUACCGCAUUAGAGACGUUUAGGCAAGUCUAUAGGGUAGCUGAGGAUCCUCAAGAAAGAAUGCUCUUGGAUUGGCACUUGGCCAAUUUGGAGUAUGCUAAUGCGUCCUUGAUGUCCAAGUUAUCAAUGUCAUAUUGGGAUCAAGAUGAUCCGUAUGAAAUGGGAGGCGAUCAUUGUUUUAUGCCGGGAGGUAACGAGACAUUAAUUCGAGUAUUGGCUGAGGACCUUCCAAUAUUUUAUAACCGCGCAGUUGACACUGUCAAGUAUGGUAUUGAUGGGGUUUUAGUGCAUGCAGGCGGGCAGGCUUAUCGAGGGGAUAUGGUGCUUUGUACUGUUCCCUUGGGGGUGCUCAAAAAGGAUGUUAUUCAAUUUGUACCAGACCUUCCAGAGAGGAAGAGAGAGGCUAUUGAGAGAUUGGGGUUUGGGUUGUUGAACAAAGUCGCAAUCUUGUUUCCAUAUGAUUUCUGGGGUGGUGAUAUUGAUACUUUUGGGCAUUUGACUGACGAUCCGAAUACGAGAGGCGAGUUUUUUCUGUUUUAUAGUUAUUCUUCAGUAGCAGGAGGACCACUUCUUGUGGCUCUUGUGGCUGGAGAUGCAGCACUUAAGUUUGAAAUGAUGUCCCCUGUUGAAUCUGUCCAGAAGGUUCUUGAAAUACUGAAGAGUAUAUUCAGCCCGAAAGGGAUAGCAGUUCCAGAUCCCGUUCAGGCAGUUUGCACUCGUUGGGGUCAAGAUCGGUUUUCCUAUGGCUCUUAUUCUUAUGUUGCAAUUGGAGCUUCUGGAGAUGAUUAUGAUAUUCUAGCAGAGAGUGUUGGAGACCGACUUUUCUUUGCAGGAGAAGCAACAAACAAGCAGUAUCCAGCAACAAUGCAUGGAGCUUUUCUUAGUGGGAUGAGAGAGGCUGCUAAUAUCUUGAGGGUUGCCAAGAGGCGGUCAAUUGUUCCAGCUGAAAGAUCAAAUAGUGCAGCUCUAGAAAACGGGGAUAUUGAUAGGUUGUUUAAUGCUCCAGACCUCACAUUUGGUAGCUUCUCUGUGUUGUUUGAUCCCAGGUCAACCGAUCUAGAGUCUAAUGCUGUAUUACGAAUUGCUUUAAAAGGUGAGAAAUCUGGAGCUGUUGGUAUUUAUCUCUACGGUUUGAUCCCCAGGAAGCAGGUGAUUGAACUAAGUAAGGUGGCUGGAGAUCUAGACCGCUUACAUAUGCUAACUCGUGAGUUUCAUGUGAGGUUGGUUGGGAGGAAGAGUUUAAGCAAUAUGGCAGAAUCUCUUCUUACAGUCAUUAGAUCCAGCAGAUUAACUAACUUGAGUUAGAGCUCUUAGUAAAUUUUGUAGCAGAACUCAUAAGUGGGUAUUUUGUAAAUGGUUCCAGAUUGAUCUUCAUUGAUUAAAGAUUUGAACUUUACCUUUC